GAACAAGGUUGUCUUUUAAAAUGACUCUCUUUAAAAAGAUAAAGAGCAAACACUCACUCGUAACAACACACAAAGCGCUCCCUUGCGAACAUUAUCCACCGCUGCCAACUCCCCAUUUUCGUCCGAAGCUUUUCAAUGGACUACAGAACGCUCUGCACUCAACCACUAAUCAGCCAGCCCCUUGUCCAGUCGCCUAUACUCCUCCUGGCCUUCCAGCUGCUUCAACUUGCCAGAUCGUCCUUCGCGCUAUAACAUCACCUCAGUUAAGGAAAUAGAGGUCCUAAGGGACAGACCACAUCCACGGAAAGUAGGGUAUCCUAUCUCUCGCUUUGAUGUGUUUCUCCCCCUCCAUAAGAAUAGAGAAUAUUUACUUUCGGGAGAUAGUUAUCCCGCGUAAACAACAACCCUAUAUUUAAUCUCAUUUCUCAAGCGCUCUCGAUCACUUUUUAUUUCCAU